AUGGCGUCCACUAACCUUCCGCCGAUCAUGCUAGACCACCUCUACUCCAUGGAUGACGAUCUUAAAACAGAAGGGCCGCUCCUGUUGCUUAAAGAUGCCCGUAAAAAUCCCGUUGUUGGUGAUGAGCCAUCCCUGAGACUGCUCCUUAUCAGUAAAGGUUGGUCAGAAUGGGUCGAUCGUGAACUGCGGGAUCCAUCCACAUGCAACAUCCUGCGCAGAGCACAAGUCCUUGAUGCCAUCUUCCUUUCCAAAUUGUGGGACAUCCAUAUCGAAGCGAAGAUGCUUCGUCACGUGGUCCGGAGGUGGAGCACCGCUACUCACACCUUUGUGUGCUCAUGGGGGGAAUUUACCCCUACCCUUGAAGAUGUGGCGAAUAUCUCUCGCCUUCCUGUCUGUGGCGACCGUAGUCCUUUCGGCAUCGCCCUCACUCCAGAAGAAAUAGAUAGCCUUGCAGUCUUGCGAAGAGGCGCUCCCACCUCUCCCAGCACUUCACUCCGGUUUAGCAACUGGAUACAAUAUUUUGGGGACGCAAACAGACAGAGUCCCUGCCGGUUGGCUGCCUUUAUAGCUCUGUGGCUUGGGCGGUUCGUGCUCUGUGACUUUUCUCAAGAUUGCCUUCAUGAGCGUGUAUUUCCUUUGGCUUUGGCCAUAGCCCGAGGCGAUACGAUCCCCUUAGCCCCCAUGUUCCUGGGACAUCUAUACCAUCUUCUUAAUCGAACCCAGCUUCUGGAAAAGAGUGCAUCAGGAACCAUGGGUGUGGAGACCCUCCUAAAUUCUGGUUUCUUGCAGGUGUUCUUGUGGGAGCGUCUCAAAGGGUUGGAUGUGUAUUCACUCCCUCACUCGCACGCUAUAAAGUUGGCUGACUGGGGCAAUGGUUCCUUUAUGCCAAACAAUCUUCCAUUAGUUUGCAGGUGGUUCAAGAGAAUGCAGAGGAAAGGCCAGAAUUUCUUAAAGCUGCUAGACAAUGUCGAGAAUUUUGUCUUUCGCCCUUACGGCACCUCAGCAGAGACCUUCACUUUCGUGCCCUUCUAUACUGACGCCAGUGAUACGGUUGAGGUUCCAGCAGCCGUGUCGCAGAGUAACCAGUUUCGGAGGCAUGCUUUGUUGAAUGUUGCUCCCAUCCCCUUACCUACUCUUGGAGACCACUGUGCAGAGGUUUCCGUGACCUACUCUCCACACCGAGUCAGGAGGCAGUUCGGGCUUGACCAAGGGGUACCCAGCAGUCCUAACCAUGAUGACCCUUUUGCUUUACACAGGAUCUUCUGGAGCAAUGACCACAUACCAGCCAGUUGCAGGCCCCUCGUUCUAGCAAGCAAGGCGAGGGUUGGUGGCUUCUCUAGAGGCUACCAAGCCUACUGGAACCGCUGUCUCUCUUCCUUCCGUGAGUUCCAAUCCUUUCCCGGGGACAGACUGCCUCCUACAACGGCUCGUCUUGUGGGCUUGGUUUCGGAAGAGAAAGCCAUCCCUCUUAGCCAGAAACGCAACUUGCCCUUCAUUUCCAAGAGUGGUGACAUCGUUGGAGAAUUUCCUAAGAUGAAGCCAAAGCCGGGGGCACAGAGUCCUGGCGGCUCCGGAAAAAGUGCAACGCCAGUGUCAGGCAAAAGGAAGCGAGAGGAGGAGCGAAAUGUGAGUGAGAAGCAGACUGCCGGUAAACCCAAAAGGUUCAUUCCGAAGGUAGCCCCGAGUGGCCCUCCUCGAACCAAAGAAGCAACUCCCCCGGAACAGCCACAGUCUUCGAAGCUUGCUGCAUCCGGGAGCCGGGGUCGUGUUGGCAAGAUGCUGGAAACUACCCCUCUCCGCCGGAAAAUGGGUACAACCCCGAAGAGAAAAAGAAGGGACACACCCCCGGUAUCUCCUCAGGUGACCCCUAAACGUCGAAGCGUGCGCAUUCUACAUGCAAGAUUUUCUGGAACACGCACCAGUACUGUUGAAGCUGCCGGAACCCCAACUGUAGUGACAGUUGACGAUGAUAGUGAUGAUAGUGACACCACCGAAUCCGAGGCUAAUGUUCCAGAGCAAGAGAACGUUGACGAUGCUAGUGAAGAUUCUGACAGGGACUCCAAUGAGGGUUGCAGUGAGGAUGCAUUUGCUUAUUCCAGCGACUAUCCAGGAGGACAAGGUGGUUCAGAUGUUUUCUUCGAGCCCGCCGGUAGCAGUACACGCCAUUUUAGCGCUGAGCAGGUUAUUGACGUUGCUGAGGACCCAAACCCUGCUGCGGCCAUUGCUGAUCCUGCCCGGACCCCCCUUGAGUACCUUCUUCCUUCAACACAUUCGAUACACUGGUCGAGGCAGGCCCUCGCAGGAUCCUCUCCAACCAUGACACCAAUGGAUUCUCGGGAUGAAAUGCCUACGCUUCAAGUUACAAGCCCUUUACCACCUAUCUUCCAGCAUUUUCUCCAGAGAGACCUUGAUCCUGCCAUUUCGCCAGCCUUUCCAGCAUCCUUUCGGAGCAACACCUUUGUCGUCCAUACAACCCUGCCCGUUCCAUCUCACGUUCAACCACUUCUCCGGGCGACAGGGCCUAGUCCCCUAGCACUUCUUCCAGCGGUUCAAUGUGACAAUGCGAGCACUGCUGAAAACACCCAGGCUAUUAUUACCGUCGCCGGGAAUGCUGCUGCAGAAGACCCUCGCAGCAUGUCUUGGCUGGAGUGGGAAGAAUCAUUUACUACCUUCAUGGCUUUCUUUGACAGCAGUGCUCAGGUCCUUCGAUCUGCAGAUGAACUCCUGCCGCUCUACCAUCGGUUUAAUGGUUACGCACUUUUCCGGGGAAUUCUUGUUUAUCCCGAGACAGUUGCGGCUUUGAAGAAAUUUCUGGACAAGUACGGGGAUUUCAUGGACAUGACUGGUAUUACUUCUUCAUUCUCGCGAUGUGCUGCUUUUCGGGCCCUCGGCUUGGUGCUCCAUGGGAUGGAUACCGUGCAGCUGCUGGACAUUACUGAUCACAGGCUCCUUUGCUGGCGAGAUGCAGUUUGCGAGGCUAUGACUCUGGGCUUUCGAGCAGAGCCUCUUCUGAACCUGGUGAAGGGUUUGGCACGUGCUGCAUUUGGGGCACGGGCUGCUCAUAACAUGAAGUCAAAUCCCGGCCCUGAUGAAAUAAGGGCAGCAACAGAGGCUUUGGUCUUCAAGCAGCACGAACUGGAAAACCAGCGCAGGGAAUUGCGUGGCCUCCUUUCUGCCCAAGGUGUCUCUUCCGACAGUGCUGACUGCGUGAUGGAGGCAGUGACAAGAUCUUCUCAUGGGGCCUCCUCCGUUCCCUUCUAG